AUGGCUCCCAUCUUCAAGAUCGUCACUCUUCUCAGCUUCUUUCUCUACGCUGCUGCUCAGGGAACUCAAUUCAUCACGGGUACUUGCGCUUCUGAUGCAGAAUGUGCUUCCGCCUGCUGUGGCUUCACGUCCGGCAAAUGUGCAGCUCCUUUCGUUGCAAAUGAGCGAGGAGAGGGAUGUGGUUUUGGAGAUGCUCAACCAAACAACAAUGCUCUCGCUGGGACUCAAGGCGGACAAGGCCAGCCAGGUCAAGCAAAUGCAAGUGCACCUGCCGCACCUGCUCCUGCCACCCCACCUCCUGCUGCGGUAGAGGCAGAAGCAAAGGCUCCUGGAACGCAAUUCAUCACAGGUCCUUGUACUUCAGAUGCAGACUGCGCAUCUGCAUGCUGUGGAUUUCAGUCUGGAAAGUGUGCCGGCCCAGCAGUAGCUCAAGAACGGGACGGUGGGUGUGGGUUUGGAGAUGCGCAGCCAAACGACGAUGCGGCGAAGGCUCUUGCAGGAAGGAGUCUGGGACGGCGAGGACCGAGCCUUAUGUAA